GUGGGAUCUGUUAAUCACUGUAUAAAUUGAAACUUAGCUUUUGUUUUUAAUUUUAGUUCUCUUUACUGUUGUUCUUGUGCACUGAACAGUAAUUUCCAUCUGAAAUAGUUGUCUCUCUCCUGACACAGAAGUACCCUUCUCACAACCAUGGCAAAGAAAAUGCUUUCUGGAAGCUGCGUUUUUCUGCUCUUUCACUUUUGUGUCCUCAGCAACACAGUCACUUACAAAAUGAGGCUCUAUAAAACUUGACAAGAUGUAGCAUCAGUUUCUUACAGUUCCUGAAUAAUUAUGCAAGGGAAGGAGGAGGGGGUUACAGAGCGUUAAGAGCCGUAAAAGCACCAUGAGCGGCCCGCUGCUGUCGGAACGAGCGCAGACCGCCGCUUGCUGCCGCCGCCCCGCCCUCAGCGACUUCUGCCGCGGUUUCCCAGCGCUCCGCGCGGCGGCGCCCGACUUGGCCCAGCGCGGCCCCGGGGAGGAAGAGCGGAGCGGCCGCCUCCCGCCCUGGGCGUUCUCCGCGAUGCCACUGCUGAUUAACGGGGAGCGGAUUGAUCUGACUCGGCUCACGGGAGGCGUGAUCCGCACCCACCCGCACCUGGAGGAAAAGGCAAAACUUCUAAGAAGUCAGCCUACUCAAAUUGUGGAACCCAAAGGGCUUCUGUAUGUCCAGCAGAGAGAGUUUGCAGUGACCACCCCUAAUGAUGGUUCUGUGUCUAUUCUUGGGUCGGAUGAUGCAACUACCUGCCACUUAAUUGUGCUCCGACACACAGGCAGUGGAGCCACAUGCUUGACACACUGUGAUGGAUCAGACACAGAAGCGGAGGUGUCGCUCAUCAUGAGUUCAGUAAAAUCUUUCUCUAACACCACAGGUUAUGGAAGGCUGGAAGUGCACCUAGUUGGAGGUUUCAAUGAUGAUAGGCAGUUAUCACAAAAACUUACUAAUCAGCUUCUUAGAGCGUUUGAUCUCCAACCAGAUGAUGUUCAUUUAGUGACUUUCUGUGUAUCAGAACUAAAUGACAGAGAAGAGAAGGAUAUUCAUUUGCCAAUCAUUUAUGGAAUAGCUGUGAAUGUAAAAACAGCAGAGAUUUUCCCUGCAACUUUUCCAGAAAAAGGGCCAGAUGAGGAUUUGCGCUCAGCCCAUGUUUUAACAGGAGCAAGACUGACAAACAUUUAUGAUGCAAAGACUGAACAACUACACAUUGGACCUUAUUUCUGGAGGCCUUUCCCACAUGUGGAUUUCUGGUUAGAACAAGACGAUCAACAGAUUCUACAGAAUCUUUCCACAUCGCCUUUGGCUGAGCCACCCCACUUUGUUUCCCACAUUCGUUCUACGUUAACAUUUUUAAAAGCACAUCCAUUUCCAUCUCAUUCCCUGUUUCCUGAUAGAAAACCUCGCAUAUACAAAAAAAAUGAAGAAGGGUUGUGGGAACUGGUUUGUUCUGACAAGGCCUAACUUGGAACCCAACUUCAGCUACUUUAGGGAAGCACAGCAGUACCAGAAGAACAGCAAGUUGUAAAAGCAUGGUGUGGGUCAUGGAUAGUAGGAUUCCUAUGCUUUUCAAAUAAAAUAUUUCAACAGAAGUAACGUUUCUUCUGCAUUACUUAAGUAGGAACCUCAAUUACUUUGAAGUAAUUGUUUUUUGUUUCAAUGCGUAUCUGUGCUGAUCAGACUGCUAUAAUACAGACAGAUGGCAGUGUUGCAACCCAGAGGCUAGAAGUCACCAUAUGAACAUGGAGUUGAGAAACUCUUUUUCUAUGUAAAGUGAAAGAAAGUUGCUUAUGCUGAAAAUCUACUGCAGCUUCUACAGGAACUUCAUUCAAAAAUAUAUCUUAAGACUAAUAAUUUGAAGAUUCUUUAUUGAAACAAUCAAAGAAGAGCUGAAGAAUGAAGCUCAUUCCACCAAAACUACUGGUUUAACAAUUCCAAAUAUAAAAACAUUAGAAAAUAAUCACUGUGGUGAUAACUUUAUUCCCCACAAAUUACUCUUGUUAACUUAUUCAUUGCACCAAAGAAAUCGCUGAGGAAGACUAGUCAACUUAACUGUUUUUGCACUUCAGAAAAAUUGUACUCUAAUUUACAUAAGUUACUGCAAGAGCAAAACCUACCCACGGGAUUUAGAUGCUGAAAGUCAAAUGAGGUGAUGUUACUAUAAAAAAAAAAAAAAAAAACCCUUCAUUUUUCAGAUCAAAGUUAAUCCUACCCCCAUUAUAGCCAUUAAAUUGACACCCUUUGCAAAAAAACCCAAAGCAAACUAUAGUACUUCUGUGUCUAGCUCUGUAGGGAUUGAAAGAUUUUCUCCAAACACCUUGUUGCAGAGCAAGCUUUCCAAAAGAUGUUGCUUCCACAAGGGGCUCUGGAAACUUCCAGAAAAGCAACUGCACUAAAUCAUGUGAGGGCUGGGGGGAAGAUCUGUACACUGUAGCUUUUGAUGUAUCCAAAGCUUAACUUGUGCCUUACAUAGUCCUGGACACUAUGAACUUGCACUGUAGAGUAAAUAAACUAUAUAUUUUCAUUGAAUCUGUACAACUCCUGCCCUAGGAAAGUUAAAGUUAUUCAAAAGUAAGUGUUGAAAUCAGCACAAAUAUAGUGGGUUUUUUUUUUUUUUUUAAGCUUUGCUCUACCUUUAAAAAUAUAUAACAAGGAAAGUCCAGUUAAUGAUACUACAUGUGUUACCAGUGCCAUGCAAAGGAAAAAAAUGUAUUGGUGAUUCUUUUUAGUGGUAGAAGCAAGAGGCCAUUUAGGCAUGCAGAGGCACUAUUUCUUUCUGAACCGCUUAAAACUCAGUAACUUACUUUAGUCCUCUUACACUCAGGGCCUCACCUGAACAGAAAAAAAAUAGGUGAUGACAAAGUACAAUUCAGUGACUGCUAUAUAUACACACAGGCACCCAUCCCUAACACUGACUGCACCACCGCUGCUUGGCAAUGUUCUUCAUAAAAGUGCUGAAAGAAAAAAAAAAAAGCAAAA